UUAAAUAAAAACAUUUCCACACGGGCGAAGCAGUUUGUGGCGCCUCCACCGGUUUUGGCUCUAGCUCUGCCGUCGGAAACGGGUCGGGUUCUCAGUAUUCAGUCGCACACUGUACAGGGCUAUGUCGGCAACAAAUCAGCUGUUUUUCCUCUACAGUUACUUGGAUAUGAUGUAGAUCCAAUAAAUUCAUUUCAGUUUUCAAACCACACAGGGUAUCCUACUUUUAAGGGUCAGAGACCAACUUUGGGAUUUGAUAGAGGGCAUAAUCUGUUGUUCUACACACAUCUACUUACAGGUUAUAUUGGUUCAGUCUCCUUGAAUACUGUUGUAAGAGUUGUGGAUAAGCUUAGGUCUGUCUGUCAACCUUGGACUUACUUUUGUGAUCCAGUUUUAGGUGAUGAAGGAAAACUGUAUGUCCCUGAGGAAUUGCUAUAUCUGUAUAUCGAGAAAAGGAUUGUAUCUGAGCAAGAUGGCAGGGGGGCAUGCAACAUUAUUCAUGCUGCAGGACCAUCAAAGGUUGUCAUAACGAGCAUAAAUGUAGAUGGAAAACUUCUCCUAAUUGGCAGUCAUCAGAAAUACAAGGGGCAACCACCUGAGCAGUUCUGGAUUCCAAUCCCCAAAAUUCCUGCUUAUUUCACGUUACCUCAGGAAUUGAUGACGGGGUUGAUGUUUGGGUGGAAGCACAAAUACCCUGACAACCUUGGCAAAGCUGCAGAACUUUCUGUAUCAAGCUUGCAGGCACUUCUGGUUAGGACAGUAGAAGACUAUACAAGGGCUGGGCACGACUGCCAGUCGAGCAGCUUAGAGAUUCGUUUGAUCCAGUGUCAAGAUGAUAUCCGAAACCCUGAAAUCAAAUACACGGCUGAUAUCUACAAUUGA